AAUUUAACAAGUAAGAAACGGCUAAGUUUUAAUGUAACCGAAUGCUCGUUUGUUAUCUUAUUAAAUCAUACUAUUAGCUAUAUAUUGCCUUGGCGUUAUUACUACAUUUUGUUUUAUAUCCGAAAUAACUACUUGUAUAUUAACCUAGUGCUGUGGCAAGGUAUAUACCGGUAUCCCUAAUUAUACAACUCAAUCAAAAUAUGCUUAUUUAUUUUUAGGUUAAAUUUUAAAAUAAAGAUUUAAAAUUAUAUAAUGCAAAUUUUAACAAUAUAAUCUAAAUUUGUAUUUUGUUUAGGGUAAACAACGGUUUAUCUAACCGGUAAUAUUAAUAACGGCCUAAAUAAAAAUACUACAACUUUUGUGUUUACACCUUUUCCAUUCUCAUAAUAUAUGUGAACAUUUCAAAUAACCCUGUUUUUGGAUUUUUAUUUUUAUCUUUUCAUUUUUUUUAUUUAUUUAAGGAAUUUGAUGUAAAUGUAAACUUAUCCUUUUAUAUCCCAAUCGCACUAUGUUUUAUUUCAAAUAUUUUUUUUCACCUUAGUUGGAGUUAAUAUCGGAAAAGCUAAUUAUACCUAUAAAAUAUAUUAAUGAUCAGCAUAAUGAGCUGAGUCGAUUUAGCCAUGUCCGUUGUUGUUGUUGUAGCGACUGAAAACAUUCCUGUAGUAAUAUCAAGGAAUGGAGCUUAGUUGACAGUCCUUGGCCGGAUAAAAAUCCGGGUCCGUUCCGGUUACUUAGACCCGGCUGUCGUGGAAACGGUCCGUCUGUCUGUCUGUCUGUAUAUAUGUAUAGAGUCCCUCAGUUUUUGAGGUAUCGAUCUGAAAUUUUGCACCUAACCUUUUCUCACCUGCUCAUUCUUCAGCUGCUCAUUUGUCGGAACAGACAUAGUUUUGAGCUACGGGGUGCUAAAUCCGGUUGUCAUGAAAUCAGUGUAUUGACCAGUAAUAUAGGUAAAUAAUACGUUUCAUUAUUUCAGGUCAACGAAGUCGGCGUGGAAGUUUUGACAAUAAAAGCUGUGAAUCCAAAAGUAUCGAAUAUAAUAAAUCAUGAAUCAACGUGUCACACACAAUCUCCAAUAAGGGUAUGCGGAGAUACAUCAAAAACGCAGUCUAGUGAUGUAGAGCAAGAUCCCCAUAUGGACUGCGUAGAGGGUAAUUAUACCGAAUUGACAAAUCCUUGUUAUGGCGCGGACACAAUUAAGGAAAUUUCACCUAAAAAAACAUUAACAAAAAACUCUCUCUUAUUAUCACCACCUGAUCGUAAACUAACAAAUAAUAACACUAGCCCCAAGUUACGACCUAAGCCACCAGCACACCUCACAGGAAGAGGUGCACAAUUAAUAAACAUGAUACGCAAUAGAAAAAUCGAUGUACAACCACCGCAAACACCCAUGCCCAGACUAUUUGUAGGUAAAAAUGACAGCAUAGAUCGUACUGUUUCGGAUAUGGAAAUGGUUGGCGCCGAGAAUACAGCAACACCACUUAGUAACAAAGAUAUUUUAACAUUCUCUAAAAGGCUUCCUUCUCCAUCCGCUAGUCCUUCAACAAGUAUUUUGAAGAGAAAUAUUCGUACGGAAAGCCUCGAAGAUAUCACAUUUGAAUCCCCAGCAUGUAAAAAGAAGAGGGUUAGUUUUCAUGACCCACCGGUGUCAGUUACGAAGGAAUAUAUAAAACAUAAUGAUGAAAACAAAACCAAGCCUAAACGAUGUCUGAAUAUGGAUAAAUUACAACAAAGUGGGGAAAAGUAUAUGGAAAAUAAAUAUUCGCUUAAACGAAGAAGUAAAUUAGAUAGCAUUAUAGAAAUUGAAAAAUUUACAAUCCAACAAUCUAACAAAUCAGCAGGUCAACCGACAAAUACUGAUAUUAGGACCGAAGAGUUAGAUGAUGACAAUGUAUGUGGUAUGGAUCUUUCCACGGAAGAAAACGGGACCAGUGUAAAAUUUGUUCCAGAAUUUCCUUCGAACAAUGGUCAUCAUAAAACAUCGAAAGGUAGUUCAGAGUUAGGGAUUACCAACAACUUACUUGAAAUCGUAUUCGAAAAGCAUUCUUUUGAAGAAGUACUGCAAAAAUAUUUUGAUUGUAGCAAAGACUCUAAGUUGAAGUGCUAUGACACAAUAGCCAAGAUGAUAUCGAGGGGAAUGAGCGAAGAUUCUAAAAUAAAGGAGACCCUUCUUGAGGCACUUUCGGAAAACCAUUCGAAAGACUUUUUAGAUCAUGCGAUAAGAGAAAACCUUGCUUCCGUCGUAUGUGAUAGGCUGAAUUUACCUUCAGUUAUAGAAUAUGUGUGUGAAAAAUCCAAAAUAAAUACUUCUUGUCGGACAAAUAUUUUUUCACAACUUCCAAAUAUUCUUAAAUAUUGUAAACAAGAUGCUGAGCGCCUAAAAGUUGUACAAACAAUAUUAAAUUGCAUUAGUUUAAAGGAUUCGGAUAUUUUAGAUCUGAUCAAUGUUUUGUUACGCGUACGGCAAAUAAAUAAACCAAACUCAGUCACUGUGUCGGAAGCAGCAAUAGAUUCUUCUUCUAACCUAUAAGAUGUAGCUUUAAUAUAUUAUUAAAAACACGGAAUAAGAAAAAUAAAAUUUCUCGUUUGCCAAAAAAA